AUGUCAAGCACAGAAACAGAUUCACAGAUUCCUUCCCCUGACCCUGUAGAGGAGCUCAGAGGGUCUUUGAAAAGCCUGUAUGAAAAUGCGGAAUACUCGGAUCUUACAAUUGCCAGUCGCCAUUCUGAGUACCGAGUUCACAAAUCCAUUGUGUGCCCCAGGUCCGAUUACUUUGCUUCAAAGUGUCGGGAGUUGGCGUCUAAAGCUGCCACAGAGGGUACCCUCAGCCUGCCUGACGAUGAUCCCCAGGCUGUCGGCAUGGUCAUUCGGUAUUUCUAUCACUUGGAUUAUCCAUCUGCGUCUCAGCAAAAUGCCCUCGUCCUUAAUGGGUAUGCGCAGGCGAAUGGCCACAACAAUGGCUUUGACGAUGACUUCAAUGGAUCUAUCAAGUCGGAUGACCAGGUCGCUGAGAAAGACAUCAAGUCUGGGGAGCACAUCGAGCCUCUUGAUGACUUUCUUCCACCGCUGCCUCAGCGACUCAGCAAGAAGCAGAAGAAGCGUGCCAAGGCCAAUGCCAAGCAAGACUCUGGAGCUGUUGCGUCUCCUGAUACCAACGGCGAGCCUUUGUCGUCAAUCACCCAAGAGCUGUCUGUGCUAAACCAGGCCCAAGAAAACCACAGCGAAGGGGGAGGCGCCGUUCUACUUGCGAAGCCACCACCACCACCACCACCACCUGUUCACCCAGCAUCGAAUGGCAUUGAUCCCGGCUCUACUAACGACACACUCGUUUUGCAUGCAAAUGUGUAUGCGCUGUCGAGAAAGUAUGGUAUCUCGGGCCUUCGAUCGCUCGCUUUCGACAAAUUUAGGACAGAAGCCGACAACCAGUGGGACACGGAGGAGUUCCUCCACGCAGCUGAGAAGGUAUACACAUCCUGCUCGGAUGGCGACGAUGAUCGCGAUAUCAAGGACGUUGUUGUUGGGAUAAUAUGCCGUCACGGAGAGUUGAUGGACAAGGUUGAGACGCAGAAAGUCAUGCGCACCCUUCCGAGUGACUUGAUGUAUGACAUUCUCCUGAAAGUCAGACAGCAAGGGGGGUUCACUAGAUAA